AUGGCGCGAUCCACCCGUGGCCUUAGCAUCUCGUCUACCUCUUUGACGCCCAUGCUUAGUGGAUACUCUUGCGCGGUCUUCAGUCUGCGCGCGUUGCGUGUUUCUCAAGCAACGGGAAAGCUGGAGUGUGGAAGAAGCUGUCUGUAUGGAGGUCGAGCCCACCGAAAAAAAGAAAGAAAAAAAGAAGAAAAAAGAAAAUCAAAGCGGCUGCGAGGCUGUUACGUAGUGCUGUGGCCAAAAGCUGUAGACACGGACCUCAAAAUUAGGCAAGUGGUGGCAGAACGUACUCAUCCGCUCGUAUCGACCCGUUUAGCUCGCUCUGGUGGCAAGAGACACCGCAUCGUGCGCCACCUCCUACCAGAGCUGCGAGCCGAGCACCCACUAGUUCGAAAACGGGGAUCGGGUCGAGCAGACUUGCUUGCUUGCUGCCUGCGGUUGCGGAGGCAGGCUCUUGCAAGUCAGGAGUGGCAUGGAGACUUUUAUCGCAAGAUGUCCUGA